AUGAAUGAGAUUCCGGUUAUUGAUAUAUCUCAAUUAUUAAUAUCAUCGUCAUCAAAUGAAGAUAUUAAACUUGCUGUAUCACGUGCAAUUCGAUCUGCUUGUGAAACAGUUGGUUUUUUUCAAAUUGUUGGUCAUAAUAUUAAACCUGAACUUUUUGAUUCAUUAGUGGUAGAAGCUCGCCGUUUUUUUAAUCAAACGCCUGAAGAAAAACAUCAAUAUACUGUACAUAAAUGGAAUCCAGCAAAUAAGAAUACAUAUCGUGGAUAUUUCCCAUCAUCAAUUCAUGGAAAAGAAGGAUUAGAUUUAUCAUCACCAUAUCUUAAUCCUGAACAUGAACUUGUAAAAUCAGGCAAUUCAUUACAUGAACUCAAUUUAUGGUCAAUGAAAGGAAUCUUCACUGAAUAUUGGGAUGAAAUGUGGCGUAUUGGACUUGAAUUAAUGCGUGCAGUUGCUCGUGCAUUUAACUUAGAUGCUUCAUAUUUUGAUAAUUUACUUGAUGAUCAAUGUAUAGGUGGUGCUGGUAAUAUUUCAACCUUAAGACUGAAUUACUAUCCUAAACAAGACAAUCCAAUUGCUGUACAAGUCAGUGCAUAUGAUAAUCAACCUUUAUCUUGUGAAGAACAUUGUGAUGGUGCUCUUUUUACAAUUCUCUAUCAAUAUGAAAUUGGAGGUUUACAAGUCGAAAUGCGAGAUGGAACAUGGACUGAUGUACCUGUUAUACCUUAUGGUCUUGUUGUCAAUACAGGUCGAUGUUUAGAACGAUGGACAAAUGGACAUUUGAAAGCAGUGAAUCAUCGAGUUAAAUUAUUAAAAGAAGGACGUAUUUCGAUACCAUUCUUUUUAGAAGCAUGUUAUACAACACCAAUUGUUAUGCUUCCAACCAUAGAUGAAAAACCGAAAUAUGAACCGACUUCUUAUGGACAAUAUAUUAUAGAAAGUAAUAAACAAUUCAAAGAAUAUCAACGAGAUAAUGAUAAGCCGAUUUGA